GAGUCUGUAGUUGGUUGGACAUAAUAAUUUCUUUUGUUACCGCCAGAGAAGAGUGGAUGUCGUUUCCAUGUUGAAAGCGCUGGAUGUGUAGAAAUUUUGUAGUUUUCAGGGGUGAGGAUAAUUGGGUGUUGGGUUGGAGACGAAGAGGAUCUAACCUGGUGUAUGGAAGAGUGGUAUACGGUGGAUUCCAGAAUCUAGAGCUCCACCAACUCCGCCUCAUCCAGACUGCUGCUUGCUGUAAUAUCAGGAAUACUGGUUAUUAACUUGGUUCAGGUGUGGCAGUCUUCCACUCAUCAGCCUCCUGCCGUUACGCAAGAGACGUGACGUCGCUGCAGAGAGCACUGCCUAGCCACGCCCUUCAAUCUGCUUCAGUGCCUGGUUGCAUCUUCCGCACUGCAGUAUUCCCGCAGGUAAAUGAAGCGAUUCGGUGAUGAAUCAAUCCUGAAGCGCACCAACUCCGCAGUAGGGUCCGGUCUGUGUCAUGUCAGACUGAUCCAGAUCUCGCCUGCAGCAUCACCUGCACUGAUUGAUACGGCAUCAGAUUUAACCCUAAUAUUUAUGAACAACCAUGACCUGGCGGGGUGCUGCAUGGUUUCACCUGGAUGAGAGCUGGUGGAUGAUGAGAUAUCCUGCCAACACGACUCACCCUUGCAAAUCUUCCAGUGGAUUGAUGCACUGGAUCUGACCUUGGCAGAGAGGUGGGGGGUCUGGGCAACAGAUAUCAAUCAGUAAACCAGUUAGAGUUGCCAGGAGAUGGAAACUCACGUCCUUGCACAACAAUGUUCAACCAACCACCCAUCAAGGCGAGUUCUCGUUUGGAGAGACAACCCAUCAAGCCGAUGAUUUGUUGGUGGUUUGUUUGUCAUCAGCCCUCAGAGGCACUCAUGGCCAGGGCUUCGGUACUAGGGAGACAGAGGGCAGGGUUGUUGUAGAAGCCGUCAGGGGAUACAAGAGUUGCUCCUCAGCUGGGGAGGUUCUCGCAUGUGAAAUGAUUACUUUUGUGUGUACCUUAGCCAUGACUGGAAGUGUUGGAACACUGUAGUUGAUGGGGGUUGGUGUAGUCCGAGGAGUGAGCUUGGAUUGGGAGGUUUUGGAAGGGGAGGGUCUUCUUGCACUGCCACAGACAAUCGGUCCUGGAUUGCGCGCGAAGCGUUUCAGGCUUAGCUGCACAUGGUUUUUGAUCAAUCAGGCUUGGAGUUUUGAGGAAGGAGGGGGUACGAGGACGGUGGAGGAGGGAGUGGGAGUGACGCUUAAGUAAUGGCGAGGGGCAAGGCUGUGAUAUGCGGGAGCAGGAUGGUGCGACUGUUGAUGGUGUUGUUAGCAUUAGGACUGUCAAUAUACACCGUUGCGCCGGCUGUGUACUGGCAUGUUGUGGCGGAGGAUGGGGAUGUAUUGACCAAGUGGGUGUUGCAGUGCCCACCGUGCCCACAUAAAGAUUCAUGCAAGGCCUCCAUGCUCGCUGAUAGCGCCUCCCACAUCUUAGCAAUUGCGCAGAAGUUAAAUUCCUCUCUGGCAGAUAGUAAGGUAGGCAACCGAGCCUUGAGAGAAGAAUUUGGAAAGGAACUAGAACAAUUGCUGCGGGAGGGGCUCAUACUGCAGAACGAGGCCAAGGCUGCACAACAACGUGAAGAUAGUACUGGAUAUCUAGAUGCCGGUAAGAAGACUGUCUAUCGGAAUCAGAAAGGAGGAUCGGGUAAAGGCGCUGCCGUAAAUCGGAACGAGAUCAAGGAGACUACGGCAGCAAACCUCUGGGAAAAGCGGGCAAAAGACCUUGGCUACAAACCCAAACCUGCAGGCUACCAAAAGUACAAGAAAUAUAUCCAGAUGCUUGAUGGUUGAGAUUGAGAUCAUAGAGAAACAGGUAGAGAGAUAGAGAAAGCUUAUGAUUUUCUUGAGCUGUUUCAAUACUGUGGAUUACUUAAUCCAAUCCACAGUAUUGAAACAGCUCAAAAAAGAUCAUCGAAGCAUACCUCGUUAAUUGGUGAGGAAUCCAGCUGGACUAUCAUCUUGAACGGUCCCGAUGCUCUAUCGGUGAAUCAGUUGAAGUAAAAACUUUUAUUCUAAAAGUACAUUUUCUAACUCUACACUA